AUGGACGGUCCUCACGACGGCAGGGAACGAAAGCAUGCGUGUACAAUGUGCCAUAAGCGCUUUGACAGGCCGAGUACGUUAAAGAAACAUCUUUUGGUGCAUACAGGAGAGAAAGCAUAUCAAUGUGAAACGUGCGGACGACGCUUUGGUGUUGCGUCCAACUUGAAUCGGCAUGUCAAACGCUGCAUUCUGAAACCAGUUAAUGCUUCUUUACCGGCUUUGGCGGCGGCACGCUCGUCGGGAACGCCUUCUCCCACGCCUCCCACGCGCUCCUCGCCGUCUUCUCAGGCAAAACGUCGGCGUCGCGCUCCUUCACCCACUGUCUGGAUUCCAUAUUCUUUGCGCGCCUAUAACGUCGUUCUCUCAGGGCACGUUUCCUGUCCUGCUCUUCCCGUCUCACCUAGUCCCUACGACGAGCGAGACUCCUACGAUCCACAAGUGGGGGCGACCCCCUACCAUCCCAAAGACUGGGCAUGGAAGCCUAGGCUCCCAGGACCGGCCGUUAUUUUGGGGGUCGGAUUUGGAGUGGGAUUGAAAGAGGAAUGGGAGGAAAGUGCGGGGAUGGGGUGGGGGGUCAUCGGUCGGGUGGCGGUAUACUAA